AUGGGCGACUCUCUUGAACAAUUCGACCUGGAUCGUGACCUGGGAGGGCAGAGUGUUGCCCGGGUAUGGGGCCUUGCCUCAUUUCGGGAUGUGGUGGCCGUACUCUUCUCUAGACAUCCAACCGAUAUGAUCGAAUAUCGUGUCACGUCGGACGAGAGAUCCAUUAUCGCUUUUGCAUCCGAAAGUGCAGAUCACUCCAAUGAUAUCCAUGCACUCUUGGCCCCUAGCGCGUCGGUUACUGAAUCUUGGUCUCCGAAAGACCAACGUGAGGCAGUCAUCUCGUACGUGCUAUCAAGCAUGGACUCGGAAGCUGAGGGAGACACAGAGACCCAGAGGCUAGUUUAUGCCGCAGCUUGUUGUGCUAUUGUCGACCAACAAGGAAGAGCUAUUCGAGAACAUGCCCGUCUGUCGUUGGAAAAGCUCGCGGAACUCACAGGGGCAGAUCUCAGCGAAGAAAUCAGAAAAUGCGGCAACAAAAUGAUUGCAGUGUCUGCAAAAACUACCGCGCAAUUCAGUGGGCCAGGUGCGCAUCUGUUCGAGAGAUGCGAGAUCUGUGAUGCCGGGAUUUCCUGGACCUCGGCAAACGACGCGCGAUGUGUCGAGGGUCAUCUUUUUGUUCGUUGUGGACUAAGCUUUCUGGCCAUUCAAGAGCCUGGCCUGUCUAAAUAUUGCUCCCUUUGCCGGACGGAAUACAUCAACGAAGAGACGAUUGCUCAAAUCCACGAGGGAAGUCUCUGCCCUCUGUUCAAAAGUGUCUUUGGGGCCUUCGACACAUGCCUGUACUGCGGCGGGAAAUUCCAGGCCGGCCUUUAA